AUGGCCGAGGGCGCCGACCUGCAAGCCGGCGCGCUCUUUGACGGCUGCAAGUUCUGGGUCGCGCAACGCGUGCCGCACCGCGCCGCGCUCCUGGCCACCAUUGCGGCAAACGGCGGGCGCACUGUGCCGCUGGAGAAGCAGGCCGACUGGCUGAUUGCCGACCACUUGCGCAAGGACUGCGCGCCGGGAACCACCAGCUACGAGUUUGUCGACAAGUCGGUCGCAAGGGGCGAGCUGCUGGACCCAGCCGACUUCCCCGCCGGUCCGCGCGUCGGCGCCGCGCGCGACGCGGGCGCCCUGGCGCGGCCUGCAAAGGGCACCCGCGCUCCAUACACGCCCGACGAGGACCGCCAGCUGUAUCAGUGGGCGCGGGACGCGCAGGCAAAGGGCGCGGCCGUCGGCGGGAACGAGCUGUACAAGCGGCUCGAGGAGAGGAACCCGCGGCACACAUGGCAGUCGUGGCGCGCCCGCUACCUCAAGAAGCUCCAGUACAUGUCACCCGCCGCCUUUGACGCGCCCGACAACGCCCGGCCUUCUCCGCUCUCGAACCACCACGACAACGACCACGACAACAACCACGACCACGACCACAAUCACAACCACGACCACGACCACGACCACGACCACGACCACGACCACGACCACAACCACAACCACAACCACAACCACAACCACGACCACGACCAAGACAACAACCACGACUACAACCACGAUUACAACGUCGACCAACUAGCCGCAACCUUUUCGACGAGAGACUGGGAGGAGCUCUAUGCCUACGUUGACGUCAUUGACAGCAUGGACAAGAAAGACGCCAGGUACGCAGCCGCAUGGAACAGCUGGGCAGACAAGGAGGCCGACCAGACGGCAGACAAAAAGGCCAACCAGAGGGCAGACAAAAAGGCCAGCCAGACGGCCGACCAGUGGCGCCAGUACUACGAAAAGGUCGUCAGGCCGCAGUGGUGCAGAGACCCACCCUCGAAGCGGGAGCGCAUCAGGAAGAAAGUCGUGGACCGACACAGCCACGACAGCUCGAGCCCGACUAACAGCCAGAGCCAGACCUGGGCUCAGGCGCAGGACGCUGUCGCCGCCUCACAGGAGCGGGGUCUGGCACGUCCGGAGCCUGUGCAUCCACCGCGCACAGGCUCGAACAUCCUGCCGUCCGCUUCGAUUUCGAGGCUGGACUCUGAAGCCACCGCACAGCAAGAGACGCCGCAGUACAUCAGAAACGGCUACGAACCGGCACUCAAGCGGAUCAUCAAGCGGAUCAUCAACCAGGUCGACGAAGCGCCGGACUCGGAAAGCGCACCCCGACCCACAAAGACGCGCAGGAAGACUGGCAUUUCAAGUCCAGGGCCGGAAGCAGAGCAUGUCCACGGCACCCAGCAACAGCCACUGCACACCUCCUCAGCAGCAACCUCUCCGAAAGCACAUGUCGAGCAGCCUCUGCACGAGGCAGCAUCACAACCCCACACGCAGGAGCAGGUCGCAGCAGUGAUCGACCUCGGCGACCAAGCCGAGAGCGCCUCGGAAGACGGUCUUGAGCCACUCGACAAAUUCUCAGACAAAUUCUCAGACAAAUUCUCAGACGACAAAUCCUCAGACGAAGCCUCCCUCCCCUCCGCCACACCCACCCCUCGAGCGCCCAAGUUGGCCGCAUUCGACACCCAGGCCAUCCUCUCGCCCUCGCAAAACCCGCCCCUGACCCGCCUCCCGCGCCCUCACCUCGGCUCGUCGCCGCCACACCACCCAGACUCGGAAGCAAGCACGACGCAGUCGCUGCACGAGUUCAGCAGCUACCUACACGGCGGCGGCGAAGACCCAGCGCCGCAGUCCCACGCCCCGGGGACCAGACUCCCACGCCCCGCGUCGCCCGCCUCCUCGGACCGCUCAGACCUCUCCGUCGGCUCUGCAGCCGCUGACCCAGACCCCCCUCUCGCAGCCGCGGGGAUCCACGCCUUCAUCACCGCCCAGCGCGCCGCAGGCUUCGCCCACGAGCCCAUCGCCAGAGCGCUCAAGCGGACGCGGUGCCGGCCCGGUCUGGCGACGGUCGUGCUGCUGGCGUGGCGCGCCGGCGGCUCCCUGCCGGAGCAGCGCGGCGUGUGGAGCGUCGACGAGGACCGCGUCGUCGAGACGGGGGAUGGCGCGGCGCUGGCCGCGUUGGUGAGGAAGCACACCCUCGACGGCUGGGGCGGCGUCACGGAGCGCAUCAAUUUCCUUGCCGCGUGGGCGCGGCGCUGA